CAAUCUGCGCCAUGUUAGCCUGUCACGUGACAUAGAGUGAGUUCCUGCUGUGGCUUGAAGGAAACAGAUCGACAUUCAGCCACGGGAGAAUCGCACUUUGCGGCCUGUGGAAGCCCCCUCCCUGAGCGAUGGCCUCACCUGUCUCGGUCUACAACUCCAAUGCCUUGGACGCACACAUCUCCAGCACUCCCAGAGAGUCUCUGAAGAUGGAGUUGUUAGCUGAUGUUUCUCUACUGCCAGGAGAGGAAAGAAUUAUAGAUAAAGACAUCAUCUACAUGUGUCACUUCAAUGGAGCUGUGAAAGGCAAAGUGUUAAUCACAAACUACAGACUGUACUUCAAGAGUUCAGAUGCUGAUGUAACAGUGAUGCUGGACGUUCCUCUGGGUGCUAUCAGUCGAGUGGAGAAGAUGGGUGGGGCAUCAAGCAGAGGAGAAAAUUCCUAUGGCCUGGAUAUUACCUGCAAGGACAUGAGGAACUUGAAGUUUGCCUUAAAGCAGGAAGGUCACAGCAGAAGAGACAUCUUUGAGCUCCUCUUCAGACAUGCCUUCCCCCUCUCACAUGGUUUGCCUCUAUUUGCAUAUGUGACACAGGAGAAGUAUGCUGAGAAUGGGUGGAACAUUUACAAACCUGUAGAGGAGUUCAGACGGCAGGGCUUACCUAAUAACAAGUGGCGUAUUACAUUCAUCAAUAAGAGCUAUGAUCUGUGUGACACCUACCCCACUGUGCUGGCUGUUCCCUUUAAAAGUAAAGAGGAGGACCUCAGACGAGUGGCUGCCUUCCGGUCAAGAGCACGCAUACCGGUUCUAUCGUGGAUCCACAGGGAGAACCAAGCAGUGAUUGCCCGCUGCAGUCAGCCUCUUGUUGGGAUGUCUGGUAAAAGAAACAAGGACGAUGAACGCUACCUGGACCUGAUCAGGGAGGCAAACGACACCACCAAGCUCACUAUAUACGAUGCUCGGCCCAGCGUCAAUGCAGUGGCGAACAAGGCCACUGGAGGAGGCUACGAGGGUGAUGAAUACCAAAACGCAGAGCUUGUCUUCCUGGACAUCCAGAAUAUCCACGUCAUGAGGGAAUCCCUGAAGAAACUUAAAGAUAUUGUCUACCCCAAUGUGGAGGAAUCCCACUGGCUGUCCAGUCUAGAGUCUACACACUGGCUAGAACAUGUAAAGCUUGUGUUGUCGGGAGCCAUCCAAGUAGCAGACAAGGUUUCCAGUGGAAACUCAGUGGUGGUCCACUGUAGUGAUGGCUGGGACCGAACUGCUCAGCUUACGUCUCUGGCCAUGCUGAUGUUGGACAGCCACUAUCGCACUCUGAGAGGAUUCCAGGUGCUGAUUGAAAAGGAAUGGAUCAGCUUUGGGCAUAAAUUUGCCUCAAGGAUAGGUCACGGUGACAAAAAUCAUGCAGAUCAGGACAGAUCGCCCAUCUUUGUUCAGUUCAUCGACUGCGUAUGGCAAAUGACUAAACAGUUUCCUACAGCCUUUGAGUUUAAUGAGCACCUCCUGCUGACCAUCCUGGAUCAUCUCUACAGCUGUCGCUUCGGGACUUUCCUCUACAACUGUGAAAGUGCACGAGAGCAGCAUGAGGUGCGGUCAAAGACAGUGUCUCUGUGGUCCCUGGUCAACAGUAAGAUGGAUAUUUAUUUAAACCCCUUCUACACCCCGGAGUCCGGCAGGGUCCUCUACCCUGUUGCCAGCAUGCGCCACUUGGAGCUCUGGGUGACCUACUACAUCCGCUGGAACCCACGUAUACGACAACAGCAGCAGCAGAGUCCAGUGGAACAGCGCUACAAGGAGCUGUUGGCCCUCAGAGACGAGUACUUGAAGAAGCUGGAGCAGUUGCAGCUGUCGGAUUCCUCCACUUCCUCCCGUCUGGCUAACAGCCCCACAGCCAACACCUCCUCCACCACCUCAACACCAACACAGCAAUACACACACCUACAGACUCCCUUUUGAGGGCUGGUAACACACACUUGCUCACUCACAGAUAUCAGAUAUACUUGUUGACUUGCACUUACGUCCUCUUUGCUCCAAUUUGUGUUUCACACACACGCAGGGAAUUAAUUAGUAUUGUGCAGUCCUAAGUGUGGAUAACAAAGAAUGCUAAUAAGAUUUAGAUUUGAUGGCUAUAUUUAAUACCAUAGUGGUGAUAAUGGUGAUUUAUGCAAUAUGUCACAGUACAGCCUUGUCUCAAGACUUUUCUAUACACACACUGAUCAUACAAUGAAGCCUUAAAGACAUUCACUGGCUUUAAGUCCAAGGGCUUGAACACACAAGACACAGCGGUUGUGUUCACACAAGGAACAGAGCAAAGCUGAAGUGUUUUUGGUCUGUAUGUCCUACUGUGACUACAGAUUAAUGAGAAUAGUUGAUCAUUACAGUUCUUUCUUCACCUUAGGAAAAGUAGUCUGACAAGAAAUGUUUAACUCAAGUCUUCUUAAUAGCUUUUUCAGGAGCUUUUAAUUGGAGAGUUACGCAAAGUGUUUACUGACACCCUGAGAUGCUGCUGAGAUUAGUUUAUCAAAUGACAUGAGAGCUGAUGUUAUGAUUUGAAAAGUAAAAAGCAGGAAAGCCUCAGGCUUAUGCAGCCACGAGUGGAGAUGCUGGUGAAGAAAAACUGACAGCAUAGAUGAAACAUUUCCUUCAUUUUGAUAUAAUGUAUAGUUGAUUUUAAUAAUGGUUCAAAAAUUUCAAAAUGUAAGUUAAACACAUUUCACAGUUAGAUGUCAGAAAACUGCACGCACUUAGCCCAGCUUAACCCUGUGCUGCUUCACACCGUUGAUGUCCUGUGUGAGCAAAGCGUAAUGCUAACCACGAUGUUGUAGAACUCUCACUUUUCACACUUUUCCUCCUUGCUGCAUGGCUGUGUAGUGUUGCCCAGUCCUACAGGGAACUGAUCAAAAGUGCUGCAGAGCUAAUGCAGCAGCGUUGGAGGCUCCUACAGUAGAUGUCACUGUAGUUUCCAAACAAGUGUUAUAUACUGAGUGUGGUCAGAUUUGGAUGAAUUAGUGUGGAAUUUUUCCAUUGUCACCUGAGGAUGGAAGCUUUCAGUAAAGUUUAAAAUAUAUAUAUAUAUUUCAGGUGCUCAAGAUAGUAAAAGGAAAUGAAAUGAUGCUGGCUUCUAACUCUGAAUCACUACUUGUACUUUAAGGUUUUAACUAAACUAAGACCCUGGAUGGAGAAACCAGCCAAGGCCCAUGAAUACAAUUUGUAGAUAUUUUUAUUUCACCCUCACUGAAAAUUCACAUUGAAUCUUAAAGUACAUGUGCCUUUUGGACAAGUGUUGGCUUGUGCUUGUAUUUGGGAGCUUGAUGUAAGAAUUAUUGGACAAUAUACAUUGGAGCAAAGUCAGUUUGCUUUAAUAUGUGAGUAAUUUAUUCAAUCUCAAAAUGCUUAGGUAGUACUACGGUAUCAUCAUUUUGACAUUUUGAGUCGCAUUUUUGAAUUCUAAUAACUGCAAAAGUCUAGUCUAGUAUGUUCUCAGUCAUCCAGGUCAUGGUAAUUGUCAGCGCUUUGGUAAAAAUACCUAGUAUGAGCUACCUAUGACCUAGUAUAACAAAAAAAAAAAGCUUUUUAAAGCAACACGUUUUUGAUUUUUAUUUAUUUCAUUUUUUAAGUUAACUGUCAAAAUAUUUCCUAAAUUAUGUGUAAUAGUUUCCAAUAUACUAGAAUUUCAUUUGGAUCACAUAGUAGUAUCUUUUUUUCCUGAUUCAAAUGGGCUUCCUUAAAAUUCCCCAAUACAAAUUCAUGAAACCCAAUCUGUUCAAAAAGCGCAUGCUUUAAGAGUUGAAGUGCUUUAAUGAAGCUGGCAUCUACAGAGCGGUGUACAAAGUCAAACUCCAGACAUCACAGACAACAGUGUGUGUAUCGAUAACAGAAAUGCUGAGAACAGUAUCUUUUUUUUGAUCAUGACAAUUGAAUUAGACUAUUUCCAGAAAGUACAUGACACAAGGAUUUUGCUGCUAACAGCUCGUAUUUGGGUUGUUUUAACAUUUGAUAUAAAUUCAGAAAAUAAUCAUAAAAUAACAAAUAUUUUUGCUAUAUCAUUCUGUCUGUCCGUUUAUUACAAUCACACCUGAGUUUAAAGUACUCUGUCACUGUGUUUGUUCAGUUAGUCUAUAAGGAUGCUUGAUUUCAACCUUGGUUACUUAGGAAAUUAGGGCUUUAUUUGAGGAGUACAAUAUGAAAAUGUUUUAAGUGUGAUCAUUUUUGCCACCACAGUGCAUAAUCAGUCAGCGAUCAUUUUAAUAGCACGUUAAAUUCUGGUUGUUGUGUCAUUUGGGCAUAAUUCAAAAGAAGAACAAAGCCAAUGGAUAACUAUUAAAAGCAGCUCCAGAACUGUACUGGUAGUGCUGCAUUGUGGAAGGGGAAGCGGUUAAAUGCAGGUUCGAAACAUCUUAAAAUCUACAUGGAGCACCACUGUUGAUAAAGUCCUAGGCCUAAAUCUGUAACAUUUUAUAAAUCACCUUUUUCACACAUGGAUGUUACAGUAACCCUGAACUUUUAGUAACAGUGGUUUUAUUCAAAUGAGCUCUUUUUUGUUCUUUAGUCUUCACAUUGACUUUUCAAAACUGGAUACACUGUCUUUGACUUGUUGAUAGUAGCCAGUAGAGUUGCACAGUGUGAGAAGUUGUUUCUAGAAGGAUUUUCCCCACAUAACUUUGUAGUUGUAUUGAUAAAUUAAUAUUAAGUUCCAGUAAGUCAGCAGUGUUUCCUGCUGAGGACCUUGUAGACACAACAGUUGUUUGAGCUUGGAUACAUGAAAAAGCAAUCAUAUGUCACGAGACAGACUUAACUGUCGUCUGCCAUUUGCCCUAAUUUAAAUGUCAGUAACAGAAUUUAAGCUUGGUGAUGUAGAGUUUUCUCUCCUGUGGUUAACUUGUCUUCUACAGUGUACACAGGAAACAGAAUGGGACUUCUGAAACCCUAAAUACCCAUAAUGUCUCCCUGCUGUGUUUUUUUUUUUUAAACGUCAGCCUUGAAUUCCCAGAAAUGCAGCCUUCCUGUUGAAAAGCCUGCUCAGACAAUACAUUUUCCUCCUCACAGUGUAUUCAAUUCAAUGGGUUUUCAGCAAACUGAGAAAAAUGUAUAUACAGUGUAAGAUUUUCAUUUGUCAAUGAGGUAUAAGUCAUUUUGUGAAGCGCUUCAGGUUAUGUCCAGAUUUGUGCCUUGACUCUUGUGAGAAUCACCUUCAUCUCUACAAAGAGACACACUUGAGCUGUCUUGGGCCAUGUUUGAGAUUGACAUCUUUGUAGUUCAGGGUUCCAAAGAAAAAAAAACACACCCUUGGAUUGAGGAGGAAGCAGAGCUAUGCCUAUUUUAAAGUGGGAGGAAGAGGGUGGUCACGGUAGGGAUUCCUCAGGUAACUACAGAGGGUAGAAGACAAGAUAGUUUACUAAGGUAAAUUCUCUGUGUGGAAGGAACCCUCUGUUUAUCUCCUUAAAUCCCACUGUAUGAUGCAGUACCUGUUCAAACAGAGCAAUAAAAAACACGUUUUAGUAGGUCUGUGGCAUAUUUAGCCUUAAGUAGUGCAAAGUAAGAUGGUCACAAGUGCUGUAGGUUUCAGACACAUCUUCAUCUAUGUGCAAAUCCUGCAACCCCACGGAAGGGGCAGAGAGUCACUAUAUUUGUGCUUUUCUUGUUUUAUUCCUGGGCCUUGGCACAUCAGUCUAAAUCACAGCACCUCGAUUUGUUAUGCAGUGGUUUUGUUCUGUCCUCCCCUUAACCCAGUGUGUCACUUGGUCAGUAAUAACUUCUUGGUAAACAUGGCAUAAACGAACAACUGGGGAGAGAUCUUUCUAAUAAAUUACAGUUAAAAAUAACCAAACCCAAUUUUGUCAGGACCUGUUGGGUUCUGAUUGGGUGGCAGCUCUACUAAUACCCCCUGUUCAUUGAAUUAUUUUAAAGUAGUUGAAUAACAUUCAUAUAAACUGCUUUUUGAGCAUACUUGGUCCCUUUAUAUAGUUUCCAAGCAAAUCAAUUUACAGACCGACUAUCGAUUGUCAUCAAGGCUUUGUUUCCCCCAUCACCAGAAGUAACUAUGACAAAAUAAGGGAGUAGAGAUCUCAAACAUGACCCGUUUUUAUGACUGGAAGGAUGAAAGAGGGUAGAUCAGAGAGUGCAGUCUGAGUCCCGUGUUGACAGAGAGAUGGAUAAAAGAUUCUACCAAAUGGAUACUUUGGACAAACGUUUGGUGUCCUUGAUCAAAGGUUUGAAAUUGGCUGAGAAGGUUAAGCAACAGAUGGAAAAGAAGUGGCAGAAACAUGAAACAUAUGUGUUGGUUCCAGGGUUGUGUUGUUAGGGAAAAACAGAUAAAAAAUCUAUUUUUUUUAUUUUUUACUUUGUACAAGCACCAUGAUGUAAUUACCUCAAUCAAAACCUAUUUUACUGUCUAAAGUUCUAUUGUUGUAAGAUACAAUUAUUUUAUGUAGUGUAAAAUCUUCCAGUUUUAUAAUAAAGGAAAGUAAUGUUGGUUCAGAAAUUGUUGGUAUAAAUUGUGGAUUUCUGCUCCAUUGGGUCAAAUUGUUCUGUUUUAUAUUUAAGGGCAUUUUUAGGGGUUGUACUCAUUUACCCAGGAGCAAAAGACAGAAGUUUCUGGAUACUGUUAAACCUUAACAUCUUCCUGUCUGUUCUCAGCGGGUCUUUACCUUUGAGAUUCUCUCUGGCUUUGUGGUGAUGACUGAGAAGUACUUGUUCAUUUCAGUUUCACUCUUUCAUUAAUGUAGGGAUUGUAGUUUGAGGGUAUUGUGUCAUAUUAUAGCCUGCUUUGUCAUAAAUACACAUGAAAUGUGUUUGAGGAUCUUCUCUGUAUCAACAAAAAGGUGAAAUCUGAAAACAUUUCAACUGUACUUCUUUUAAUCAUGUUAUCUCCUCUCCACAGUUUGUUGGAUGGCUCUUUUUAUGUAAAUAUUACUGAUUAAAUUAAUUUAAGAAUUUC